CCGAGCGCCGAGUCGUCGAUCGCCCUUGCUCUCGCAGCGUGCGCUCCUUUCGCUAGUGGCUCCACCCGUCCUUGUAGGCCAAUAUUCCAGUAUGGAGCAUGUCUUUACCCCGUUGGAACUCCUGCUUCCCAGUGGGAAUUUGAAGUACUGCCUUUUGAUUCUGAACCAGCCUUUGGACGACUGUUUUCGUCAUCUUUGGAGCAAAGCUCUUUUAAAAGCCUGUGCUGAUGGAGGUGCUAACCGCUUAUAUGAUAUCACUGAAGGAGAGCGGGAAAGCUUUUUGCCUGAAUUCGUCAAUGGAGAUUUUGAUUCUAUUAGGCCUGAAGUCAGAGAGUACUACAGUAUUAAGGGUUGUGAGCUGAUUUCAACACCUGAUCAAGAUAACACUGACUUUACCAAGUGCCUCCAAGUGCUGCAAAAGAAGAUAAAAGAAAAAGCCCUACAGGUUGAUAUGAUUGUGACACUGGGAGGACUUGGUGGACGUUUUGACCAGAUUAUGGCAUCUGUGAACACCCUGUUUCAGGCGAUUGAUAUCACUCCCUUGCCAAUUAUAAUAAUUCAAGAUAAAUCUCUCAUCUACCUGCUCCAACCAGGAAAGCACAAGUUGCAUGUCAACACUGGAAUGGAAGGUGAUUGGUGUGGCCUUAUACCUGUUGGGCAGCCUUGUAAUCAUGUUACCACAACAGGCCUAAAGUGGAACCUCACCAAUCAUGUGCUUGGUUUUGGAAUACUGGUCAGUACUUCUAAUACCUACGAUGGAUCUGGGGUAGUGACUGUGGAAACUGAUCAGCCGCUCCUCUGGACGAUGGCCAUCAAAGACUAACUUAUCAGUCAGCAUCCAUAGGUGUGCCUCUACCCUACCUCACUGCCAAUGAUUUAUUGCUCAAUAAGAACAGUUUACCUGGGUUUACUGGAAUCUACACUUCACAGGAAGCCCACUAGUUCAGAUAAUCCAACAUUAUCCAAAGACAGAUCUGAAUUUUAUAGUGAAAGGCAAAAUCAUUUUUUAGGAAAGUAAAUAAGCGCUGUUGUUUUCAGUUGGAAAGUCACACAAAUCAUUCCAUUAUAAAAUUCAGUACUGACUAUUCUUUAUUGUGUUAUUAAUCAUUCCUUUUAUCUUAGAAAAUUGUUUUUAAUUUUGAAGCUGAUAAAACUCCUUGAAGUCUAGCACAUCACUCACUCCUGCUGGCCAUCCUUAAAUGCUUUUAACAACAAGGACUACUUCUGAAUAUUUUUUAGUAUUAUUUCUCCAUAUAAUUUAUAUCACCUUUUACUGGAAAAAAAAAAUUUCUUCCUGAUUGGGAUGUUAAAACUACACUAUUUCACACUGACCUAUUACUGUAUCUGGUAUUGGCUUUUAAAAAAUAAAUAAGUACUUGACCUAAAUAUUAAAUUUGAGAACAGGUAAUUAUGUAAGUUAUAGGUGAAGAGAAAUGGCAUGAAAGGUAAAUAAUUCUUGAAGCCCAUCCCAUCACAUAUUAAUCCCCAAACUCAAGUUGAAGUGAAUGCCCUAAACUUUAGUGGAAUGACAGAUCAAAACUAUCCCCAUCUUAAUUAAAACCUAGACUGAAAAAAGUUGUGGUGAAGAAACAAGCAUAAAAAUUCAUUUUUUCUGGCACCUCAGACUGAAAAAAAUUUGGCUUAUGGAACACAGUUUUAUUCAAAUACAGUUUGAGAGUCUAUGGGGAUAAAUGAAAAUACUGUAAUAACGAAUAGUGCUGAGAGCCUGUGUUUUUGUCCCAGUCCUGCCAUUCACCUGUGUUCCCUUAACCCCUUUCCUCAUCUGUAAAUUGGAAGGGAAGGGGUUGGACUGAUGUAUCUGACAUGCCUUCCCACACAAAUUGUAAAUUAUGGCACUUUGCAGCUGUAAGGCAGAUAAUGCACCUGGUUACUGACACAGCCAGGUUAGACAGCCUGGCCCAUUGAAUAUAUUCAAGUUUCUUUUAUAAUGGGACCCUUUUCAUUAUAUAUAUAUUUAAUAAACCAAAUGUUGCCAUAGAAACAUGAACCUGCCCAACAUGUUUUAUGUACACCCAAUCCCUAUGCUGCUAUAAGGAAAGGGACCAGCAACUGUUUUCUUCUUGGUGCUGACAACUUUGAUUAUGAAAGGACAGUGUGAGCCUUAGACUGUAAAUAGAAAAUGAAAAGCAGAUCAGUGGAACUAACAUGCAAUUCUGAACAGUUACUCAUUAGAAAAAAAAACUGUAUGCAAAUACAUGUGAUACUGAAAUCUGUGUGUCAAAUAAAAAUAUUUAUCAGUGUGUAA